UUCAACAGUCGGAAAGUCGGAAGAGAUCAGCAGUUAGCUUCAUCGUUGUACUGGAAUGGCUAAGACGUAUGAUUUUCUCUUUAAGUUAUUACUGAUUGGAGAUUCAGGUGUUGGAAAGACGUGUGUGCUGUUCCGAUUUUCUGAGGAUGCCUUCAAUUCAACGUUUAUAUCCACCAUAGGCAUCGACUUUAAAAUAAGGACAAUAGAAUUAGAUGGCAAGAAGAUAAAGCUUCAGAUAUGGGACACCGCUGGACAGGAAAGGUUCCGAACUAUCACCACUGCAUACUAUCGCGGUGCUAUGGGAAUCAUGCUCGUUUAUGAUAUUACCAAUGACAAAUCUUUUGAGAAUAUCAAGAACUGGAUCAGAAAUAUUGAAGAGCAUGCAUCUUCUGAUGUUGAAAAAAUGGUUCUGGGAAACAAAUGUGAUAUGGAGGAUAGAAGAUUAGUCUCUAAAGAAAGAGGAACCCAGUUGGCCACAGAAUAUGGAAUAAAAUUCAUGGAGACAAGUGCAAAAGCUAGUAUCAAUGUAGAAGAGGCCUUUUUUACGCUUGCGAGAGAUAUAAAACUAAAAAUGGACAAAAAACUUGAGCAAACAAGUCCACAAGCAACAUCAACGAUUAGCGUGACACAACAAAAUAAACAAUCCAAAGGAAUCUUCCGUUGUACAUUAUUGUAGGAUGUUGUAAAGUUCUGCAAGCAAGAAUUUGCUCUAUCAUAGUUAAUAUGACAGUAACUGUGUCCAAAAUAUGUGUAUUUGAAAUGAUGGGUCAGGUAAAAAAAUGAUGAUACUGUGUGAGAAAGAGAUCACAUUAUUUUCUUAUAGUAGAAGUUUUAUUAGGAAUUUAACCAGCUUUGGUCUUGUUCUUGCUCAGUGCCACAACUGAACUGCUAAGUGCAUAUCAAAAUUAAUGUCUGCAUUCUGAGGUAUGGAUUUUAUGGGAUGACCCUUGUGUCUCUCUUGAGAUGUAUCUUUCCACUUGCAGCACAACUUUUGUUCUGUGUUGUAAAACUUUUUGAUGUUAGUGGCAAUAUGUUACAUUAUGUAUCUGGUAUCAAUCCUUACAUUUAGUUGACCAGAGCAGGCCUUAAACACUGGAAAAUAACUGCCAAAUUUUUCUGUAUGUCGAAUCAUGUUUUCAGUUCUGAAUUGCGCAUCUGAACUCCAGGAUUUUAAUGUACAAGGUUUUUACAUAAGAAACAAGAGAGGCAAAAGGACCUGUUAGUUUUGAAACACAUGGAUAAAACACAAGGAAACUGCUCAUGACUGUGUAUGACAGCAGUUGUCUUUGAAACAUUUUACAAAUGGACAUGAAUUACAUGUGGAUGAAAUUUCAUCUUUUCUGGAUUGUGCAUUUUUAUUAUAAUAUCCGUGGGUUUGAUGACCGGUUUUACCUCUUUCACUCCCAAGAACUCAUUAUUGUCUGCCAUAAAGCUCCUAUAAUGUUAAUUUGGAGAAUUUGGUAUUGGAUCAACUCAAAAUCUUAUUGAUAUUUUUCUUUAUUCUCAUUACUUGUCUGCAUGACAUUGUUUGGAUAUUGUAAGGAGAAGUUCAAUCUUGAUCACUCAUCAGAGUUAAGGGUUAAUGCUCAGUACAAAGUCGAAAUGGAAUUGUACCGUAGAAGUAAAAGAGGGUCAAAAUAAUCUGCUCAAAAUUGAAAAAAUGGAAAAUAUUGGAAUAUCAGGUUCUUGUAAUGAUUUUUAAGGACAAUUUAUUUCCAUUCUUGUGCUACAAAUAUUAACAAUAGUAUACUGCAGCUUAAGGUUUCUUGAUAUGUUUUGGUUCAGCUUGUAUAAGUUACCUCAUGGUGUCAGAAUAGUAAAAAUAAACCAAAGAUACAAGCCAGCUUAAGAUAAUUUGUUACUUAUUAGUGGGAUGUCACUUAGAAAAAGACAAGUAAAUAAAGCUAACCAGUAAUGCCUGUUUUUUGAAUACCAUACUGUGGUACUUGAGAAAGUGUUCUCUAUUUUGUUUAAAAAUAUGUAAAUGUUAAGGUUACAAGUUAUUUGAGGAACUGGCAUUGAUUACAUAGCCAAUAGAGUUUACAUGUAUUGUUGAAAAUAGUCUCUCUAUUAUCAAUCAGUAACCACCCAAACACUAAUGGCUUCUUUGCAUCCCAUCUUUUUUCUUGAACUUAUGAAAGAUGUGUUUUCCUCCUCACAGUAAGCAAAACAUAUCCUUGACCUGGUUGGUUUUUUAGUCAAAAUGGUUUGUUGAAGUCAGCAUAUUAGGGGAUAAGCUCAUCUGACAGGUCUCUUGGACAGUUUAUACCAACAGCCAUAAUUUCUAUUUAAACAAGUGAAGUCACUGGCUUUGGUAGUAGGUGCUUAAUGUAGUAGGAAGUGUUAAAGUGAUUUAAGCUGACACACCAGCUAGAGGUUGUGUGUAUAAGUCUUGUGUUUGCUCUCUUGUGGUAUGUUGCUUGCACUCUUGUCUAGCACCUACUACACAAGCUACACUUUUCUCCAUUUUAAAUAAGGUCAAAACUAUGGGGCAAGUUAAAGGAAACACAUUUAAUCAUGAGCUACAUUUAGUAUGUCAUCAUUUAGUUUGAUAGUGGAGCUUAUAAAUGAGAAUUAAGUGAAAUUGAAAUACAUGCUUGUUAAGAAGCCUUUCUUUCCUCUCUUUUUUUCCUUAAUUCAUAAUUUUGAAGUAUUUAAACAAGUGUUUUGAAAGAACAUCUUAGUUAGGAUGUUGGUAGUUCAGGCUAAGAAGGAGUGUAAGAGCCUUGUCAUCUUGUAUUCAAAAGUGACCCUUGCAGCUGAAUCUGGCAUCUCAUUCUCAAAAAAAUCAUGAAGAAGAGAACAUCGGUACUUCUGUUUAAGGCUAAAAAAAAGUUAACUUAUUUCAAAUCCCUUUUUUUCUCAAGCAUUAAUGACGGUGUAACUGGGAUUUCUUAGAUCUACAUUUAUACUUUUUAACUGUCCUUACUAAUUUACAUUUGUGAAGAAAGUAAUGAUAGCAUUAGACUUCACUUCAGUACAUCCACUCUUUAGCCAUAGAAUUUUCUUCAAUAUGAUCUAAUUUUACGAUAACUAAAUUGCUCUCCUUUAUAGAUAUUAAUUAGAGAUCAAGAAACAGUUUGUUUAUUUUCAAAUGUAAUUGUAUCACUUAUCAAUGCCAAAUUAAAGUUUGAAGAUCAAUAAACAAGAAACCAAAAACAGUAUUAA